GACUUUAAGAACCACAACGAUUUACCGUUGGCCCGCAUUAAACGGAUCAUGAAGUCCGACGAGGAUGUGCGCAUGAUAUCAGCCGAAGCUCCCGUACUUUUUGCCAAGGCUUGUGAACUCUUUAUUUUGGAUUUGUCGAUUCGGAGCUGGAAUUAUUCCCAGUUGCACAAAAGGAGGACCUUGCAAAAGGAAGAUGUUCGCGAAGCUAUUCAAAAGACAGAUAUCUUUGACUUUUUGGUCGAUGUCAUU